AUGGUCAAAUUGGGGAUUGAUACCUAUGAAGAAAUGGUCAACAUGAGUGUGCUCAAUGGCGGAUACACACCUCAAGGUUAUGUUACUGGCAUUAGUCUAAUGCACCAGUCGGGUACAGGCGGCGGGCCAAAGUAUGGAUUUCCAUCGCAGAUGCCGCUGACAAAUAUUGAUGGAGAUGUCAAUAUACUGGACAACCAAACAUACUGGCAGAAUCGAGUUGGCGAAGAUGUGGCACAAGUGGGAUAUUUUCGUACAGAGCUUGAGUCUGGUGUGGGGAUUGAACUCUCAGCUUCGCGACACGCAGGACUAUACCAUUACACGUAUCCUUUGUCGUCGGAGAAGCACGUACUCGUAGACCUCUCACACUAUCUUCCCCAUCUGACGCGCACAUGGGAUACACAAUUCUACACAGGUGGUGAAGUCGAAAUUCAGCCAAACUCCAGCACCUACACCGGAUACACUUCAAUUGCAGGUGGAUGGAAUAUUGGUGCGCCAGUUACCGUGUAUGUGUGCGGUGAGUUUGAUAGUUUGCCUGACGAGGCACGAGCCUUCAAAGGGAAGAAUACAUUCCCCGCUAGUCGGUACUUCCGAUCGUUCAACAAUGCUACGACACCUCGACCUACGUAUACUGGGUCGACAGCCCGUUCGGGACCGAUGAACGACCGCGUCGGAGCAGUCUUCACCUGGAGUAACGCAACUGAGAUCAAGUCGCGAGUAGGCAUCUCCUUCAAGUCGGUGGACAAAGCAUGUGCAUACAAGAACUCUGAGCUCUCUUCAUGGUCGAUCGAAGAUACCGCCCAGGCAACGCGUGACGAGUGGAACCGUGACGUCUUUUCCAAAAUUCGUGUCGAUACUUCAGAGUCGGCGAAUAAGACUAGGCUGGCGUUGCUAUACUCUAGUCUGUACUUCAUGCACCUCAUACCAAGUGAGCGUGUUGGCGAAAACCCGCUAUGGGAAUCGGAUGAGCCAUCUUGGGAUGAUUUUUACACCAUGUGGGAUCUCUUCAGAAACCAGGUCUCGUUAUGGCAUCUGAUUCAGCCGAGCUACUACGAGUCCAUGAUCCGAUCUCUGAUUGACAUGUUCAAACAAGAGGGUUAUCUUCCAGAUGGCCGAUCUGGCAACUACAACGGUCUAGUACAGGGAGGAUCGAAUGCGGACAACGUUCUCGCGGACGCUUACGUGAAGGGUCUGACGGGUAUGAUCAAUUGGACGGAGGGGUAUGCCGCAGUCAAGAAAGACGCUGAUGUCCUGCCGUUCUUCGACGAGAACCCUGUCGACAUGCAAGGCUCGCUCAAGGAAGGUCGCGGAGCACUAGAUGACUGGAUACCACUCGGCUACGUUUCAGCUGAUCGCAACACGCGAGCAGUCUCGAAGACGGUAGAGUACUCCCUUAACGACUUUGCCGUCAGCCAGAUUGCCGCUGGUGAAGCACCUGGCGAUCGAGAUCUCUAUCUUCGCCGGUCAGCGGGUUGGCAACUGAGCUGGGAUCCUGAGUCCUCGAGUCGUAACUUUACGGGAUUCGUCAUGCCACGAUACGCAAACGGAACUUUCCACAAGACGUACGACAUUACUGAUUGUGGCAGCUGUAAUUGGGACGACGAAAGCUAUGAAGGCACCGCCUUUGAAUAUUCUUUUGUGAUUCCCCACGAUAUGUCGCGUGUUAUCACGCUGAUGGGUGGUCCUUCGCACUUUGAAAAACGUCUCGACUAUGUAUUCCAGCCGAAUACGUCUGGUGUGGAUCUAGGCGUGAAUGGCCUCGGUAUUACAACGAUCAACAACAUCGCAAACGAACCGGAUUUCCAAACACCCUACCUCUACAACUACCUCAACAAGCAAUGGAAGAGUGUUGAGCGAAGCCGGCAGCUUGCUAAUGACUUCUACUUCAAUACGACCAAUGGCAUCCCUGGGAACAGCGAUGCAGGCGCCCUGAACUGCUGGCUCAUAUGGCAGAUGCUCGGAUUGUAUCCUGUUGUGACUACUCCUGUCUAUCUUCUAGAGAGUCCAUGGUUCUCCGACAUCAACAUGACAGUCAACCAUGACAAGACGCUGCGGAUCAGGGCUGAGGGCCUAGACGAUGGAGAUGGAAGACAAGGAUAUUACGUUCAGGGAGUAAGUAUCAACGGGCAGGAGUGGAGCAAGAACUGGUUCGAGCAUGAAGACGCCGGCGGUAUCAUGACGGAGGGUGGUGAGAUUGUGUUCAGGCUUGGAGAGCAACAAGUUGUGUGGGAGUCUGGUGAUGUACCGCCCAGUCCAGGACAUCAGGUGGUUGACGUCGGAGAGGGCGCACAAUUCUCCUAG